GUGGGGGUGUCACUGGGGGUGCCGGUACCGGUACCGGUGGGGGUGUCACUGGGGGUGCCGGUACCGGUACCUUUGGCGGUGCCAAGCUAUUGGCCCCACAACACUGAGUGCCCUGCCAGGAAGGUCCCAAUGCAGGGGACAGCUCACCUUUGUCCUUAGCUGAUGCAGGUGCCACUAUGGUUCCUGCGUCUCUCCAGUCACACUCCGAUGUCAGCCAGCCCAAGGAUUUCACUCGCAUCCUGCCGUUUCAGCUGUCCAUGUCCAUCCUGGGGCUUUUGGAUCAAAAAUCCCUGGAUGCCUGUUCUGCUGUGAAUGGUCACUGGGAAUUCCUGGUCAGGCAGGUCCGGGAGGACCAGGAGUGUCAGAGCACAGUGCAGAAGGACCUCCUGCAGUUGCAGGAGUUGUGUCCUAGAAAAGCCAUUCCAAACUAUGCUAAAAGAGUCGAUGUGCAAAUUCCCCAGUUAAAUGAUGAGGGUGAGGUCGUUGAAGUGAAGGUCAAGGAGCAGACCAAGAGACAUAAAUCGAAGACAGAGGAAUUCAGUCUGCACGAGGCUUAUCGAGAACUGAAAACUCAAAAGAUAGAGAUGGAAGAGAGGAAUGUCUUCUGUGGCCCCUACAAGACCCAUGUGCUCAUGGAGCAACGCGACAGGAGAAGGAGAACCCACUACAGAGGUGGGGACUGGGUGGCCGCUGGCAGCAGAGGCGUGAGGCUGCUCCGAGUGCCAGCAGGGAAGCGCGUGCCGCUGCUGCUGCACCGCGCUGGGCCCGUCCGAGCUCUGUGCCUCCGCGAGGACAAGGGGCUCCUGCUCAGCAGCACCAGCUUCGACCUCAGCUUCAGGUGCUGGAAUAUUCACAGCGGUGCCUGUGUGAGAACCUUCACGGGUCACUACGCCACAGUCACCUGCCUGGACUCCCACCAGGAGCACGUUGUGUCCGGAGCUGGGGAUGGGAUGGUGAAAGUGUGGAGCCUGAAAAGUGGGAAUUGUCUCAGGACUCUGAUGCACAAUAGCCCUGUGUGGGCAGUGAGGAUGGACGGGACCCAUGUGGUCAGUGGGGGUCACCGAGGGCUGGUGAAGGUCUGGAGUGCUGAGACAGGGGCUCUGAUCAAGACAUUACAGAGGCACCAAGGCCCAGUUCUCUGCUUGUCCUUUGACCAGUGGCACCUCAUCACAGGGAGCAGUGAUGGAUAUGCCCUGGGAUGGAGCAUGCUGGGAAAAUUCAGGAGAUGCCUGAUAGCUUUCUUCCAUCCCAAGACCUUUUCUCCUUGUGCAAGCCCCAUGCAAGUGCCAACCCUCACCUGGUGUGUUUUCAGGGAAGUUCUGUCCCUGGAGUUCCUGUACCUCAGAGUCAUCAGCGGCUGUGCUGAUGGACACAUUCGGAUAUUCAACUUCCUGACUGGAACCUGCCUCCGAGUGUUGGAGCCCAGCAGCAGCAGGGACCCCGUGUCUGCUCUCUAUGUUGCAGGAAACAGGGUGGUGACCAAUUCCCCCAGCAGAUUGCUGCUCCUCCAGUUCGAGGAUGUGGUGUGGGACUACUCACUACCCGCUGACAGAGAGGUGCUGAAGAAGGAGAAGAAGCCCCGGAAGGGGAAGCGCCAAGGUGCCAGUGCAGAGCAGCAGCAAGCUCAGGACAAGUCACCAAAGAGCUGUGGAAGACCCAAAAGUGGUGAAGCUGAACAGGGCCCAGCUCCCCCUGCACCAGAGGAGGCAGAAGCCACUUUGGAGCAUGAGCUGCCCCAGAGAAACCGAAGCCGUCCAAUGUCCCCUGACAAGUUCCUCCUAACAAUCGGCACCCUGCAGAGCUCCAGCAAGCCAGCCGCGGCCAGCCCCACUCCUGAGCUCUCUGCAGAGGCCAGGGAGGUGCAGCAGCAGCGCCCUGGGCAGGUGCCAGUGGCCGAAGUGCCCCUGCAGCAGCAGCGGGAGUGGGCAGCACAGCUCUGGCGUGCCAGGCUGCACAGCCAUUCUCUCACCAUGACAAAAAUCUCCACACCCUUUGAAACCAGAAGGCUGCGGCUCAAGCUGAAGAACUCUUUGCAUGGCCCCGCUGUGAAAUCCUCCAUCCCUCCUCCCUGUCUUGUACGUCCCAAGUUUUGUGGCUCGCUGGGAGAAAGGAAAAUUCCCAGGGGUCAGGGGAAAGACACUCCUGGCCCCAAAGAUGGGGAUCAGAUCAUCGAUCUCUCUGCAGCUUCUUUGGAGCUGAUCCAACCAACACCUGGCACAGCUGCACAGAUGAGGAAUGAAGCUCCCAGGAGAAUAAAACCCUUCUGUCCCCACAGCUCCCACAGGGACAGUGGGCUCAGGCUCCUGACAGCAGAGCAGCAGGUGUGGGAGGCAGCUGUGGCAGCUCAGCAUCAGGCACAGCAGGCAAAGCCCACGGAAGAGAAAGAAAGAGCCAGAAGGAAAGCCUGGCUGAGGAAAAUCAAAGGCCUACCUGUGGAUUCUUUUACUGGGGAGAGGAAAACACCUGCCCCAGAACUUGGGCAUAACACAUUUAUCUGAGGUGAUCCCUGAGUCCAACCAGCAGCCAUGACCUGGGAUUCUGGUGUCCAGCUGAGUCAUGCCAUUAAGUAUAAAAUACAGAUAUAUUCAAUUAUAUAUAUUUAAGAAUAUUUAGUAUAUUCCCUGUGGCUUUAAGUGUAAAAAACAUCCCCACUGUAAGUUUUCCGAAGAAAUGCUAUUGCUAUAUUCAGCUAUUUCCCAAGGCAGUGAAUUGACUGAGCCCUUUCCUGGAUUUCAAUCCCCAAACCUGCUGUUGUUACUGACAUGGCACUGCCUGAUACCAACAUAGCUCAGGACAGGCUCAGCCCUGUGAGAAUAAUAAAAAAAA